CGAACUUCGAGACGACAGCGUUUUGGUUGCCAUUGCCAAACAUUUCUGCUAUUGUACUCUUAGCAGCGCACAGAAAUGGCGCUUCUGAACCACAGGUAUUCCAUUUCUUCUUCUUCCUUACCUUCAAUAUACACCCACCAUUUUUCGACCCCAUUAUUCUUCAUAAUUACUAAACCGCCCCAUAAGAAACUCAGAAUUUCACUCUGCUCCCCCUCCCCUAGUUCCACUCAAUCCUCCCCAAUAUUCCUCCCUUUCCUCCAAAACCCGGGUAAAAAGGAAACACAUAAACCAGAACACAAUAAUAUUGAAGAAAUCAAUGACCCCAUUCUCAAAUUCUUCAAGACCCGAACGUCGGAGCAGGGUUCGGAGCCGGACCCAGUUCAUGAAGGCAGGAUUUCCCUCCAAAAGAACCGGAAAACCUCAUGGCACUUAGCUUCCACUUUUGAUGAACCUAAUUCUGGUGUUGAAAUGGAAGGUUACCAUCUUGGCCUUCUUGAGAAUGUGAAUUCCGGUUUACAAACUCCGUCAGAAGGGAAAGGAGUUGUGAGGGAAAUACUGGAAAUUGCUAGGGGUUUACCAGAAAACGUGACGUUAGGGGAGGCCUUGGAGGGUUAUGAUUUUGGAGGUAGAAUAGGAGAGGAAGAGUGCUUGGAAGUGUUGAGAAUAAUGGGCGAGGAGGGUAUGGUGAUGAGUUGUUUGUACUUUUUCGAAUGGAUGGGAUUGAACGAGCCUUCUUUUGUUUCUCCUCGUGCGUGCUCGGUUUUGUUCCCCACCUUAGGGAGGGCAGGGAAGGGGAAUGAGCUGUUAGUUGUAUUCCGGAACUUGCCCUUUGAUCAGAAGAAGCAAUUCCGGGAUAUUCGUGUUUAUAAUGCUGCAAUAUCAGGUCUUUUGUCCUGUGGAAGGUUUGAUGAUGCUUGGAAAGUGUAUGACUCAUUGGAAACAGGUAAUAUCUGUCCGGAUCAUAUAACAUGUUCUAUCAUGAUUACAAUCAUGCGGAAGAGUGGCAGAAGUGCCAAAGAUGCAUGGGAGUUCUUUGUAAAAAUGAACCAGAAAGGAAACAUGUGGAGUUUGGAAGCUUUGGGUUCUCUAAUCAAGACAUUUUGUGAUGAGGGGCUGAAAAAUGAAGCUCUUGUUAUUCAAUCGGAAAUGGAGAAAAGGGGGAUAUCCUCUAAUGUCGUUGUUUAUAACACCAUUAUGGAUGCUUAUGGUAAAUCAAACCAAGUUGAAGAACUGGAAGGUCUUUUUGCCGAGAUGAAGGCAAAAGGAAUCGCACCAACAGCUGCUACUUAUAACAUUUUGAUGGAUGCCUAUAGUAGAAGAAUGCAACCUGAAAUUGUUGAGAAACUGCUUCUAGAGAUGGAAGCUACUGGGCUGGAGCCUAAUGUUAGAUCCUAUACAUGUCUAAUAAGUGCCUAUGGGAGACAGAAGAAAAUGAGUGACAUGGCUGCAAAUGCAUUCUUGAGGAUGAAGAAAGUCGGUAUUAAACCUUCUUCACAUUCUUACACAGCCCUUAUUCACGCGUAUUCAGUGGAUGGCUGGCAUGAGAAAGCUGAGAUAGCUUUUGAGGGUAUGCUAAGGGAGGGAAUAAAACCUUCAAUUGAAACCUAUACUGCUCUACUUGAUGCCUUUAGACGUGCUGGUGACACUGAAACGCUAAUGAAAAUCUGGAAGAUAAUGAUCAGGGAUAAAAUUGAAGGUACGCGUGUUACUUUCAACAUUCUUCUCGAUGGAUUUGCCAAACAAGGCCAUUAUGUUGAAGCAAGAGAUGUCAUAUGCGAGUUUGGAAGGCUUGGGUUACAACCGACUGUAAUGACAUAUAAUAUGCUGAUAAAUGCCUAUGCACGGGGAGGGCAAGAAUCAAAGUUACCACAGCUGUUAAAAGAGAUGGCCGCCCUUAAUCUAAAACCUGAUUCUAUUACUUAUUCCACUAUGAUAUAUGCAUAUAUUCGUGUCCGCGAUUUCAAGAGGGCAUUCUUUUAUCACAAGCAGAUGGUGAAAAGUGGCCAAGUACCCGAUGCCAAAUCAUAUCAGAAGCUCAGGUCAAUUUUGGAUGUCAAAGCAAAGAUAAAGAACAGAAAGGAUAGGAGUGCCUUAAUGGGUAUCAUUAAAAGCAGCAUGGGCUUGUUGAAAGAGAAGAAAAAAGGAAAGAAAGAUGAGUUCUGGAAAAACAAAAAGAAACAAUCAAGAGCUGCUGGCAGGAUACAGGCUUCACCCUGAUAUAUCUGUUAACUAAGGUUCUGAGCUCUAUGAACGUCCAAAGGAUUUUUUCCUACACUGCUGUAUACUUUGGUGCAAACUAAUUUGCCCUUCCGUUAACAGUCUUUUCUUGCUGAGAUAUUAUGUUUAUUACCGGUAAAGUCAAUUUUUAGCAUGAAGCUUUCUUAGUGGGAGUAAGCAAGAAGCUUUUUUCAUAAUGGUGACUGAUCAUAUUACCAGGGGAGAAACAUCUCUUAAAAGAUAACGUUUCAUUUCGUGCCUUGGAGUUCAUUAACGUAUUCAGAUUUCCCUACAUUAUUAUCAACACUUCUUGGAGUUAUUUGCAAUAUAGAAGGCAUAGGUCUUAAAAUCUGCGUAGGCCUUUUGAGUUAGGAAUGUGCAUAAAUGGGUGCAAGUCGUGAAACAGUAGUUAGAUGUGGAUGAAGUAAUGAAGCAAAAACUGCAUUGCAGGUGCGAGUGAAGAGGACAGGGUAAAGAUUCAAGCUUGAUGCAAAUAUCAAGUUAGCAGGUGGAUCUCUGUGGAGGAUCCAGUCUCUCACAGUUAAUCUAAUUGAAUUGAUACACUGGAAACAUAGUAUCUAUAGAUAGAAAUGGAUCGAUGUUGAUGGACAUGGAAGCCAUGUGGCCACAUCUACAUGAAUAAGAGGCUUCAUUGAUUCAUAUUGACUUUGAUUAUGUUCUUCCCAAAGACAUUGUUUUGUUUAAAAUGUCUUUCAUAUUUUAGAAAGUCGUCUUAUUUUUUCUUUAAAA